UGCAGGUUGGACAGCAUUUGGACUUGGAAUGAAACAAUAAGAGGUUACAUUCAUGGAUAAUCAACAAGAUAAGGCUAUUUUUGCCUCAGCCAACAGAGAAAACACUAUGAUAAAUGGUGUCAAAGAAAAUGACUCAGAGGAACAAGAUGUGGCAAUGAAGUCAUUUACAGCUCUAGAAGCUGCUGCACCAAUCCAGCCUGUACCAGUGGUACAAAAAGAGACCCUGAUGUAUCCCAGGGGUAUCUUGCCUCUUCCCUCUAAGAAGCCCUGUAUGCAGAGCCCUCCCUCUCCUUUGGGCCUGAUUGAAGCACCUGAGCAUGCUGCUAAUAGUGCUUCUGUGAAUGCCAUCUCCCUCACAUCUGGCGAUGCAAAAGGCCUGAACACAUGGUCACUGCCCAAUGAGUGUGAGAAAGCUCCAUUUGCCAUCAUGGAGCCUGCAGGCAUGUCAGCUCUGAAUGGGGACUGCCUCAUGCAGCCAAGCCGGACUUGCUUGGGCUGCUUCAUGGAAUCCAAGGAUACAGUAGAUCCCGAGCCAGGGAUCAGUCUGAAAGUCAGUGAUAUAAAUAGGGAUUAUGAAACGUGUGCAGUCUCUGAUAUAGGGAUUCAGUGUAUUAAUGCUGGAGAAAACAUGAAAUAUGGAGAGCAGCUGCUCUCAGACCAGCUCCUAGGCUUCCCCCUGCAUAAAUCAAGGGCAGGAGAUAAACGAGAAGCUGAGAAACCUGACAUUGACUUGGAGGAUCCAGCUCAGAAAAGUUAUUAUGAGGCAUUACUGUUAGAUAAGUGCAAUACAGAAGAAGCUUUGCUUGCAAAUUCAAAUCAGGAUUGGGGUUACUUUGAGACUUUCAUUAGUGAGAGUAAGAUUGAACUACUCGACCUUUGUUCUAAGAAUGAGCUGUCUGUCAACCUAUUCUCUGAAGAAGAUGUAGAUAACUACAUGUUUGAUGAUGACGAGUCAACACUGGGCAGUGAUGUCUGCUCCCUGAAAAUUCGAUAUGAGUCCUUUCAGGACAAUGUUCGAGACAAGACCACACUUCUGAUGCAGGAGGAUGCCCAAUUCAACUUUUUUCCCAGUGUCUUUACUACCUGCCCCAAGCGGGAAUCUAAGAGUGGGGCCCUGAAGCAGAACAGUGAUCUUUCCCAAUUCAAGGUCCCUGAUGUGAGCAUCAUCUGGGGGGAAGAAGAUAAAAACCUGGACAAGAAGAAAGGCAAAGAGGAAGGACAGGAAGACAAAAGUGUUGAGAAAAAAGAUGGAAAGGAUAAUGGAGGAAAAUCUGCCUUAAAUAAACCAUGCAGUGGGACUGAGGUAGGGCCAUUUAAGAAUCCGAAACAGAGCCAUCUUGCUGAUUCCCUGGAGACAUCAGGGAAUUUCAGUGAUGCAAGUUCCUUCAUUGAGGUAUCAUAUGAUGCCAUGAGGGAGAUCAAGGACUGUAGCCGCUAUAUGUCUCGGGACACUAAUUCUGGCAGCUCCUCCUCCCAGCAGAACUAUGGGCUACGAGCCAAGAGAAAAGUCAGAUACAGUGAAGAUUAUCUGUAUGAUGUUGACUCACUAGAGGGUGAAAAAGUAAAUGAGAGGAAAGAAUGGCUUCCCGGUGGUUCCAAAGAGGAAGAUGAUGAUGAAUGGUGUCCAAAAAAAAGAAGAAAAGUAACCCGUAAGGAGCCCCCUGUUAUUAUCAAAUAUAUCAUCAUCAAUCGCUUUAAAGGUGAAAAGAACAUGCUGGUGAAGUUGAGUAAGGUGGAUGCAAGUGAGACAACAGUGAAUUUGAGUGAGAAUCAGCUCAACAAAUAUGCCAAGCUGGCACCCUUGAAGGGCUUCUGGCAGAAGAAGAAGAAACAGAGAAACAGCAGCACAGACUCCAUCAGGACACCCUUAUGCCAAAAGCAAAGCUUUGAACCAGGUAGCUUUGAAGUGUCAUUCCUGCCACCUGCUCGCAAACGAAAAUCUAAACUUGGCAACAGGCACAGAAUUCAAAGAAUCCCAUCUGUGGAAACUUCAACAAGUAGUAAACAGGUUUCAUUCUGCAAUGAUCAGAGGCAAGCUACUAAUCAUAAAGAAGAUGGAGACCUAAAAGAUACACUAAAGUCAGCAUCUCUGGCUGCCCCCAGCUGUGCAAAUGGAUCACACUUAAAUGACAUCACAGGUCCUAACUCACUGAAAGUCAAAGCCCAAGACAUAGAGUUUAAGGGGCCAGAGAGGAAAGUGCUCAACAAAAUCAAAUUUAAAAGUGAAGCUAGGUUAAAAUCCAAGAAAAUCAAAGCUCCUGGGCAAGAAAGCAAGCCAGUUGUUCAAAUGAGCCCUCUCUUGGAAGACCAAUCCUCCAAGGCUAAUUUAAAGAAUGAAGCUAUUCCUGGGACCUCAAAUGGUUCUCAUCUAUCUGAAUUUCAGGAGGCAAAAGUUGCUAAGAAUUCCACUUUCCUACCAUCUACCUGCUCUUCUGAAAUGCCUCUGUCAUCUACUAAUGUUGCCACUAAUAUACCCGUUAUCCCUGGAGGAUAUCUGCAGACAUUGUUAGAUGCUUCUGACUUGUCAAAUAGUACUAGUAUCUCAUACUUCAUUCACCAUUCUCCAGAGCAAAAUGAAGGCAGCCUUGCUCAGACAGAAAAAUCAUUUGUACCUCUCCAGUCUGCCCAGGACCAUGUGCUCUCCUCAUCCUCUGACUCUGAUCUGCAGCAGUCGUCUCGUAACUUCAAAAUGGAAUCAAGCAACUAUGGAAACAAGUGGCCCAACAAGGCUACUUCUGGCCCCCAGGAAUUCAUGGCUGAAGUCUCAAGGGAGACAGCCCCAACCCAAUCCAGUGAAUUUGGAGCCUCCCAAAUAGUCUCCAUGGAAAAUAACCUCACAGCUACAACAUACAGUCCAAUCUGCCUCAACAGUGGUGGCAAUGGUUGCAACAAGGUUCUGUAUGCUUCCGUGCAAGACACCCAGCUCCCAUCUGAUGACUCUUACCAAUUAUGUCACUUUAAUAAUGGAGAGAUCUGCUUUCCUUUCCAGCAAGGCCCAGUCAACAUGGAUGAUGGUCGGCUCUUUAGCUUUGAUUCAAUGGCACCACUCUCUGUCAACUCAAGCAAUUAUUGCUCCUUAAGCUUAAAGUCCUGUGAAAAGGAUGGUGAUGAUGACAUCACUGAUGACUUUCUGGCCCAUUGCAGCCCCAAGCUGGUGAUACAGCAGAGCAUUGAUGAGAUAGCACCGCUAAAGGAGUCCACUGACCUCCUGGAUAUCUCCAACUUUACUCCUGACAAAUUCCGCCACUCUUCCCUUUCAGAGAUUUCUCCACCUGACACCCCUAGUCUUUCCCCUCAAAUUACCAGAUGUGAGAGUAUCAAGACAAUAGGAACACUGAAGGGGUUCCAAGAAGGUGUGCCAGAACCAUUGGGCAGCAUGGAGAAAAUUAAGUGGGACUGCAGUACCCUUUCACAGCAAGUCCAAGUGGGUGAUGGAUUUACUUUAAAUAACCAUCAGUUUCAGUUCCAUAUGUUCAAUGAUGAGGAUUCUGUCAGUCUGCUCCAAAAAAACCCUUGCCUGUCAACAUUUGAUGAUCCAUCUGGUCAAAUUAGUACCAACAACAAAGUGUCGAAAUCAAGAAAGAAAAGUUUGCCCAGCAAGAGUGGGUCUGUUAAUCAAAGCUCUUCUCAGAAAAACACUAGGAAAAAAUCCCCCAAAGCCAGCAACAAAGGGAUUGAAAAGCCACCUGGCAAAACCUCCCGCCAGGUCCCUAAAUCAACAAAGAAAGGGAAAUACAUGGCUGUUAUCAAUGGAGAGAAAAUGCAAACUGGCAUUGGCCGUGGGGGAGGCCAAACCAACAGCAUAUCCUCCCCUGGGAAGACAUUGGCUGAGUGUAUCCAACAUGGUGUCCCUAUGGCCUCUGUGAAGAUUCCAAAUCAGAAGGGACUUUCUGGAAAUUGGGCUUUGGGGAAGGAGAGCAGCCCAGGCUGGAGCAACAUGAGCAUGGGCACCAACACCAACAGCCUCCUAGAUGAUGACCAACGAGAAUUUCAGGAGCCUUCCUAUAUCUUGUCCAACAUUGCCUCUGGUAUGGCAGAUGUGCAGAGAUUCAUGAUGGCCUCCAUAGAGCCCCUUUGGGAACCCACGGAGCACCAUGGGGACCCCAACAUAUUCUAUUCCCCUGAGUCUAAUAGUCUAAAAUUAAAAACCCUCAAAAUAUUGGCUGGGACACCACAGGAGUCUAAGAAAAAGGUCAACAGUGGGUCCCCAGGAGCCAUUAAGAAUCACAGGUCAAUCAAGGGUGUGAGCAAAAGCAAUGCAAAAGCAGCAAUAGGUGAUCCUGGUCGUGCAAACCUGCCUGGUUAUAAUGAGGACUCUCGCUCUGCCGUCUUUGAUAAAAAGUAUAGUAACACUAGCACUUUAGGCAAUAAUGGACCAACACACAAAAAAUUAUAUCGCCACAAAUCCAGCUCCAAGGCCCUGAGAGAUGAGAAGUGUAAGGGAAAGCGCAUGGAGAGAGAACAGGUCCACAAGGAUGAGGCUGGGACAGCUUCUUUUGAAAAACUGAGGAAUUCUGACUACAAUCUCCUAAAAGCAGAAACAACAUUUUGGGUUUUACCGGUGUUUGAAGAAGAGACUCGCAUUUUCCAGAAAGACAUUUGAUGUUUGUUUUAUUUCUUUCAAAAUAUGCCUUGUGGUAUGUAUGUUGAAAUGUAAGUGCUUAAAGUAAAGAAUUUUAAAUUGUGGGAAUAAGUCUUUGGAAACAAACUUUAAUCUGAUGUUCUAUGUAAAAGACUUGAAAAGUCAUACAGUUGCACAAGUAGUUUAUGCACUAUUUACCCACAAGGAAAAAAUGGAAAACAUUGUGCCAAACUACAAACAACUGACUGUACUGUAUAUAUUUUUACUUCUAUAUCAACAUUUGGUUGUGAGUAUUUGGGGAGCUUGUCCCUGUUAAUUUACCAGAAACAUUCCAGUGAUUCUUGCUAUUAACCACCCCCACUUAUGUGGAUAGCACCUGUAGAUCACAAUGGAAAAAUAUGUUGUGUUACACAAUUUACCAAAACUUAAAGGAUACUGUUUGAAAUGUGCCAAAUUUUCUUACCUCAUCUCACAGAUUCAUCCCACAGUUUAAAGCUCAUUAAUGAAUUUUCAAUGUAUAUAUAUAUAUACACACA